AAUGAAAUAUUUCGCAAGUGAAGGUUGAAAAAAGUAUUUUAUUCUUUUUAUCAAUAAAACAAAAAAUUUCGACAAUAAUUUAAACCAAUUUAUAUAUUUUUGAAUAAUAUUUAAGAAGAUAUAUGUACAAAAUAUAAAAAAAAUAGUGAAUUCUUUUCGAACGACAAACAAUUAUAUAGAAUAGGUAUUGUUACAUAACCUAUAAAAAGAACAUUUUGAUGUACGAGAGAUAAAGCUUUGACGAUACGGAUAAACUUAUAAACAUUAAAUAUUUUCCACGAUUUUGCCUUAGAAAACAGUAUUUAGUGCAUUUUUAAAUAAUAUUUUAGUGUAUAAGUAUAGAAAAAACAAGUUGUUGCAGAAAUUAGCUAUAAUGUCUCGAUUCCUGACAAAUUUGUAUCCUCAGGCUAGAAGUUUGGUUUCUGCUUUGACCUCAACUGCAACAAAGUUGAAUAAUCCUAUUCGUUUUGAAAGUUUGCGUCAAUUUGGAGUCACUUCCCAAUUAUUGUCAUGUUAUCCACAAAUUCAAAAACCGGCUCCAGAAUUUGCAGGAACAGCAGUAGUUAAUAAAGACUUCAAAGACAUAAAACUCAGUGACUACAAAGGGAAAUAUGUGGUACUCUUCUUCUAUCCUUUAGACUUCACAUUCGUAUGUCCAACUGAACUUAUUGCCUUCAGUGAAAAAAUUAAGGAGUUUCACUCGUUGCAGACAGAAGUCAUUGGUGUUUCAACUGAUUCACAAUACAGUCAUUUGGCUUGGAUAAAUACACCAAAAAAAUUAGGUGGUCUUGGAGGAGAUUUGGGUUAUCCUUUAUUAAGUGAUUUUAAUAAGAAAAUAUCAGCUGAUUAUAAUGUACUUGUCGAUAAUGCUGGUAUUGCUUUUCGAGGACUUUUUGUAAUUGAUAGAGAAGGAAUCUUAAGACAAUUGACUAUUAAUGAUCUUCCUAUUGGAAGAAAUAUUGAUGAAACAUUAAGAGUUAUUAGAGCUCUUCAAUUUGUUGAGAAACAUGGAGAAGUUUGUCCCGCAAAUUGGCAGCCCGAUUCCAAAACAAUUAAACCCACUCCUAAAGAAAGUAAAGAAUACUUCGAGACUGUAAAUUAACACAUUUUUUUUUAUGUUCGCAUAAUUGAAAAUCAAAAGUGUAUAAUUUCUUCGAAUUUUUGCCGGUAAGUGCUGCAUUUUAAAUUUACGGGGAUUUAUUGUUAACAAACAGUUGAUGUAUAUAUAUUUUUUUCAAAAAAAAAAAAAAAAAAAAAAAAAGCAAAACUUUGUUUAAUCUAUUUUUUGAGUUCUUUGACGAAUGCUGAGAAUUAAAGAAUAGAUUUAGUUUAAAACUGA